AUGGCACAAGUCAUCUCCAACUACCCGGCGUCGCUGCCCACGCCUCCAGCCACGCCCACCAAGAUGUCAGUCCACACGGCCAAGUCCAGGCCUCCGCAGGGCUUCAUCGGCAACCUGAGCCAGGCACAAGAGGCCAAGCUGCGUGCCCUCUGGGCGAUUGCGUACAAGUUUGUGGAAAUCUGCGAGGCCCACGAGAGCUUCCGGGACGCCGUCACGCUCGAGGACAAGUUUGUGCCGCCCGCCAUGAAGAAGUCCGGCGCGGCGGCGGCGCAGCAAAAGACAAAGGCGAGCCGCCGCGCCGCCGCCACGCAGCAGCAGCAGCAGCAGUAUCCCCCCGCGCUGGUGCAGGAGCUGCUGUCGCUGCUGCCGACGCAGGAGCGCAGCAUGGACAAGCUGGCGGCGGCGGCGCUCGACGCGCUCGACUACUGGACGCCGCACAUGUUCCGCAUCACGCUGCUGCACACGGUCAAGCAGGAGCACCCGGACGAGCUGGCGCUGCGCUUCCUGCGGCAGAGCGGCUGGGACGUCAUCCUGGCGUGCAAGAACAUGGGCAAGACGAUUUACUGGCGCACCAUGGAGGCUGCCAUUGACGACGACAUUUUGCGCCUGGGCGAGGGCGGCGCCGCCGAGGACGAGAAGAACGGCCAGGGCCACGCGCGCACCCUCGGCGCCGAGUUUAUGAAGCUGCUGCGCUCCGGCAAGGGCUUCCUCCACGGCAACGACCGCGCGGACCGCCCCGUCACGUACAUCCGCGUCCGCCUGCACAAGCCCGGCGAGCACAGCCCGGAGAGCAUGGAGCGCUACAUCAUCUACCUGCUCGAGAUGGCGCGCCUUUCCCUGCGGUACCCUGUCGAGACUGGUACUAUAUUUCUCGACAUGAGCCACUUUCGGCUCAAGAACUUUGAUCUAGAUCCUCUCAAAUUCAUCCUCAAGUGUGCUGAACGGUACUAUCCGGAAUGUAUCGGCCUCAUCAUCGUCCACAAAGCCCCAUUUGGAACCAAAGCGCUCUGGAAGCUCAUCCGCCACUGGGUCAGCGCAACCAUUGCCGACAAGGUCAAGUUCACCAAGAGCCGAAAGGACCUCUUCAAGUACAUUGAUCCCAGCCAGGUUCUCAAAGAGCACGGCGGCCUCGACGACUUUACGUACGAAUACGAAGAGCCCAUGAUGGAUGAAAACUUCAAGAUGCAAAACACAAUCACCCGCAACUACCUGCUCCUCGAGCGCCAGAUGCUCGUGGAGCAGUUUGAAGACGUGACCAAGGAAUGGGUCAUGAACGCGCAGGGCACAGACCGGGCCCGCGAGGUCAGCCGCCGGCGCAACCAGGUCUGCGCCGAGCUGACGGCCAAUUUCUGGGAGCUGGACCCGUACGUGCGCGCGCGCUCGCUCUACGACCGCCGCGGGUGCCUCAGCGGCACCGGCAACCUGCAGUACCACCCGCCCAAGUCGGACCGUCGCCGCCGCGACUCGACGGCCACGCGGCCGCGCUCCAUCUCGGGCUCCAGCGUCGGCGCCCGCUCCAGCAUCGUCGGCGCCCGCUCGGCGAUUGGUGGGUACAGCUCCAGCUCGGGCAUCUCGUCGGCCAUGGGCUCGGUCGGCGCCCGCUCCAGCAUCUCGGGCGCCGGCUCGGGCGGCACCGGCACCCUCACGACGUGCUCCAUCCUGGGGUCGCCGGUCAAGGAGGAUCGGUACGGGGAAAUGGAGCACAUGGAUGUGGCGGAUGUCAUUGCAGACGACUCGUCAUUCUACUCUGAUUAA